GCUCUUGAGGUCUUCUGGCUUAUCUACGGGAGGGAAAGAAAGCAAUGUCUUUACAUCAAAUCAAAAACUGCUUUCUGAAGAGAGCCAAAGGGAAUUCCAAGACAAGGAGGGUGGUUAUUUAAACAUUUUCGUGUGUAAUUAAGCAUCUAAUUAGUUUUCUAAAUCUGUUUGUUUUUUUUCGUUUUUUCAAGUAAAUUUGAGUGAUUUUAUCUUUAAGUUCUGUUUUUGUACAUUAUGCUAGUUAUCUUAAGAUUUGAUUAGUGUAUUAUGUAGUAGUCCCGUGUUCUUUUUGACACAAACAAUAUUAGAAAGAUAAUUGAACUCAAAACUUCAUGUAUAGCAAUCAAUUAUUAUUGCUCAAAACUCUCAAUGAGCUAAAUAUUCUACAUUAAUGUCACUUUUAGAAGAAAAAUGAGAUACAUAAACUUGUAAUUUUAAGGUGAUGGAUCAAAAGCUAAAGAACUUCUUAAGUUCAAAUAUGCAUUUAGUAAAAUGAUUUUCGCAUAUUACCCUCUUGCACUUCUUCAUUUUUUAUGUCUUCGACUUUUUGUUUAAUUUAUUUAGUCUAACAGCUAGUAAUUAAAAUUAUUUUCAAAUUCAAAAGAAAAUAGCAUGGUGCAUGCGUCCUACCAGCCUCAACAUAUGCUCUCUAUCUUGUAACCAUCAAAGUUUGCAUACUAAUUGCUGCGGCAGAAUGCAGAGUCAUAAUUCGUCCUCGAAUGGCACAACUAGAGAGAUAGAAGAUUUGGUACCAAGUCCAAGGGUUGAUUCAGACAUGUAUUCGGUCAUAAGAAAAUUUUCAAUGUACCGAGAAUACAACUUGAUACAUUAAGUGUUAUAAAAUAAUUGUUUAAAAAUUUAUUUUAAGUAUCUACUUAAUUGUUUUGUGUCACUUGAUAUUUCGGUAUAUAUUUAUGGUAAACCGAAAAGUCUAUCUCAGUCAUGGGGUUUCUGUAGAAUGCAGAUUUCCCAAAGUCCACGGAUUCUGACAUGUUUUGGUUAUGGCCACACCGACGUAAACUUUAUUUUGAUGAAACACAUUAUAAUUGGGGUUUAGAAGAAGAAAAACAAGAAGUAAAGAAGUACUAGUUUUUCUUGGCGAUGGCUUCUUCGUCUCUUCACCAAGCAACGGAAACCGGAAAUGCAAGCUCCCUACUUACUUUCCAACCCGAAACUCAAAGCUCCGGCGAUGGCAUUGAGCUGUUAGCAUGCCCUGUGUGCUACGAACCGCUCAUCCGAAAAGGCCCCCCCGGUCUCAACCUGCAAGCAAUAUUUAGGUCGGCUUUCGAGUGCAAGAUAUGCCACAAGUUGUAUAACAGCAGUAGUAAGAGCAAAGAGAAAGACAUUUACCUGGAUCUUACUGUUAGCGGUGGAUUGAGGGAGUACAUUGCGCCCAUUCCAGCCGGGACUGACUUCUUCAGAUAUCGCCUCGUUUCCUUCUUGUACGAAAGAGGUUGGCGUCAGUAUUUUGGCCAAAGCGGCUUCCCUGGACCUGAUCAAGAGUUUAAAAUGGCUAUGGACUACUUUCAAUCCGCUACUGAUCAAGGUGAAGGUGGCGGUAGUGGUGGUGUAGUUGUGGAUGUAAGCUGUGGGAGCGGUUUAUUUUCCAGAAGAUUUGCCAAAUCCGGGGUCUUUGCUGGAGUAGUGGCGCUCGAUUUUUCUGAGAGUAUGCUUCGCCAGUGUUACAAUUUUCUGAAGGCAGAUCCUGCUUCCCUUUUUGCUACCAAUCUUGGUCUCGUGAGGGCAGAUGUUUCUAGGCUUCCAUUUGCAUCAGGUUCUGUUGAUGCUGUCCACGCCGGCGCUGCAUUGCAUUGCUGGCCGUCUCCAUCCAACGCCGUUGCUGAAAUCACUCGUAUAUUACGCAGUGGCGCCAUCUUUGUGGGAACGACUUUUCUGCGUUCUAGUCCUUAUACUCCAUGGAUAUUCAAGCCUUUUAGGGAGAAGAUGUCACGGAGCUCCAAUAGCUAUUUAACGGAGAGAGAGAUUGAGGACUUGUGUAGAUCAUGCGGUCUCACCAACUACUCGAGCAAAGUUCAGCAAUCCUUCAUCAUGUUUUCUGCUCGGAAACCGGCUGUGUAGCAAACAGCGUGCGGGCCAUCAUUAUAGACCACGCAAGAAGUCUUGUAACUCAAAUAGUUAAAAUAGAGAUCACAACAAAGUUCGAAUGCUACUAUUGAUACAAAGAACCACUCUUUCUUAGUUGAUCCAAUUCGUAAAUUUGAAAGUAUUGAAUUAUAAAUUUUAAGAUGGAUCUACAUAGAUAUUUUGGAUUCUGUGUUUUUUUGCAAAGAAAUAAUCUCUUUCCUCUCAUAUUCAACAAAUUUGGGAGGUCUUGUACACUCCUUUUAGGA